AUUGCAUUAGUUUUGACUGUGUGUCAGAUCUCCAAACUUACACUGGUCCAUUGGUAUCCUGAUUUUUUAAAUAUUUCAUGGCGUCAUGGCAUUGUAUUAAACAACAAUAAUAGAAGUCAUUGAUAACACAACUGUAGUACAUGUAUAAAAAGCGACUGUAAGUCACGCAGGAGAUAGUGAGGAUUUCUGUCGCGGAGUGUGAGUUUUUUCUCAUCGUUACUUAAUUUGACUUGUGCUAAUACUUGUGCUGGAUCUCUAACCGACAAAAUGAAAGCGAUCAUUAUUUUCAUCCGCUGUAUUCUGUACAUCAUUGUAUGUACUUUGUCAAGAGCAGAUGUAAAACCACAACACUACACGGUGGACGUUUCACUUGACAACAAAGCGUCGAAUGUCAACCUCAUUGGAAUACAUCAUUCGGAUUCCCUUACUGAAUGUUCCGCUAUGUGUGGUGAACUUUGCGCAUGUUUUGGCUUUAAUUCCCAACUAAAGAAGUGCCGUGUUCAUCAGUCAUGCGAUUCAUCAGACAUGACCAUUAAUGAAACAGGAUGGAGGAAUUUUUAUCCUGACGUGCGUUAUCUGCCUAAAAGCUGCAUGGAGAUUUUACAAACUGACCCAAGCGUGAAAGAAAAAGAUGGGAUAUAUUCAAUAAAUAUCGGUGGUCAGAAAAAGAUAUCGUACUGUGACAUGACUAUAGAUGGAGGGGGCUGGACGGUUAUCCAAAAAAGACAGGAUGGUUCUACAGAUUUUUUUAAAACUUGGGCAGAUUACAAGAAAGGAUUUGGAGACCCAUCCAAAAACUACUGGUUUGGAAACGAUGCAAUUCACUAUUUAACAAAGACAAAUCAGGAACUACGAGUGGAGCUGUUGAGUUUUGCUGACGAGAAAGCGUACGCCCUGUAUUCCGCAUUUCAAGUUGGAAACGAGAGCAGCAAAUACCUGCUUACAGUUUCGGAGUAUAAUGGAACAGCGGGAGACAGUUUGGGUCGGAACGAUGGAAAGAAGUUCAGUACGUGGGAUCAGGAUAAUGACAGAAGCAGUAAUAACUGUGCAGUAGGCUAUCACGGAGCCUGGUGGUACAAUAAGUGUUCAUACUCUAACCUGAACGGACAAUACGUGGGGUCUGCUCUAUCUGCUAACAAAUAUCCGACCUGGUGGCAUUGGAAAUCUCUUGAAGCGUUAAAGGGCACAGCGAUGCUGAUAAGACCCAAGAAUUAAGAAUCAAUUGACUAAAUUCAUGUCCUAGAUAUAAUUAUAUAUCUGCACAUGCAUGACAGAGAGAGAAUAUUAACGAACGGUUCAUAAAUAGGAAUGAAAUGUUCAAGUAUUUUCCACAAUCUAAUUGUUUAUUGAGUAGUGAACUAUAGCACUUGGUAUAGAAUGAUUGAGUUGUAUUCCAUUUAUUAGUCACUGAUUAUUAAACUCUGACAA